GGUGAAUCUUCAGAUUUUGGUUUGACCUGGGACUCAUCAGUGACUCAAUCAGGUGGCCUGGGAGGAGAGCUGGAGAGUGAAGCGAAGGACAGCCAGGCCCUGGAAGAGAGGAACAGUGUGACGAGCCAGGAAGAGAGAAAUGAGGAAGAUGAAGACAUGGAGGAUGAGUCAAUUUACACCUGCGAUAACUGUCAGCAGGACUUCGAUUCACUGGCAGACCUGACUGAACACAGGGCACACAACUGUCCUGGAGAUGGUGAUGACGACCCACAACUCUCCUGGGUGGCUUCAUCUCCCUCCAGCAAAGAUGUUGCAUCACCCACUCAGAUGAUAGGAGAUGGGUGUGAUCUUGGCAUCGGGGAGGAGGAAGGGGGGACUGGCCUGCCGUAUCCCUGUCAGUUCUGUGAUAAGUCCUUCAUUCGCCUGAGCUACCUUAAAAGGCACGAGCAGAUCCACAGUGACAAACUACCUUUCAAAUGCACCUACUGUAGCCGGCUUUUUAAGCACAAGAGGAGUAGGGAUCGCCACAUAAAGCUUCACACAGGGGAUAAAAAGUACCAUUGCCAUGAAUGCGAGGCUGCGUUUUCUCGCAGCGACCACCUCAAAAUCCACCUGAAAACCCACAGCUCCAGCAAACCGUUCAAGUGUACUGUGUGUAAGCGUGGGUUUUCAUCUACCAGCUCGUUGCAGAGUCACAUGCAAGCUCAUAAAAAGAACAAGGAACAUAUGGCAAAGAAUGAGAAAGAGGUGAAGAAGGAUGAUUUUAUGUGUGAUUACUGUGAAGAGACAUUCAGUCAGACCGAAGAUUUGGAGAAGCACGUAAUGACACGCCACCCACAGCUUUCUGAGAAGGCAGAUUUGCAGUGUAUUCAUUGCCCUGAAGUAUUUGCAGACGAAAACUCGCUGCUCUCACACAUUCAUCAAGCCCAUGCCAACAAAAAACACAAGUGCCCUAUGUGCCCAGAGCAGUUUUCUUCAGUGGAGGAAGUCUAUUGCCACUUGGACAGCCACAGACAACCUGACUCCAGUAAUCACAGCAUCAGCCCUGACCCGGUCUUGGGGAGCGUGGCAUCCAUGAGCAGCGCAACGCCCGACUCCAGCGCAUCAGUGGAAAGAGGUUCCACCCCAGAUUCGACCUUAAAGCCUUUGAGAGGACAAAAGAAAAUAAGGUCUGUGGACAGAGAGGAAGGCCAGAACUGGUCUAAAGUUACUUACAGCUGCCCGUACUGCUCGAAGCGUGAUUUCAACAGCCUUGCUGUUCUGGAGAUCCACCUGAAGACCAUUCAUGCAGACAAACCUCAGCAAAGCCACACGUGCCAGAUCUGCCUCGAUUCCAUGCCUACACUGUACAACUUGAAUGAACAUGUGAGAAAGGUGCACAAAAACCAUGCCUAUCCCAUGAUGCAGUUUAGCAACAUUUCUGCCUUUCAUUGUAACUACUGCCCAGAGAUGUUUGCAGAUAUCAAUAGCUUGCAAGAACACAUCCGUAUUACUCACUGUGGCCCAAAUGCUACCCCUCAAGAUGGCAACAAUGCUUUCUUCUGUAAUCAGUGCUCCAUGGGCUUUCUGACCGAAGCAACCUUGACUGAGCAUAUUCAGCAGACUCACUGUAAUGUAGGAAAUUCAAAAUUGGAUUCCCCUGUCAUUCAGCCAACACAGUCUUUUAUGGAAGUUUAUUCAUGUCCUUAUUGCACAAACUCCCCCAUUUUUGGCUCCAUCCUGAAGCUUACAAAGCAUAUUAAAGAAAACCACAAGAACAUUCCUCUGGCACACAAUAAGAAGUCAAAAGCGGAGCAGAGUCCAGUUUCUUCUGAUGUUGAAGUCUCUUCCCCUAAAAGGCAACGGCUUUCUGCUAGCGUCAACUCGGUGUCUAAUGGUGAAUACCCGUGUAAUCAGUGUGAUCUAAAGUUCUCAAAUUUUGAAAGUUUUCAAACGCAUUUAAAGUUGCAUUUGGAGUUGCUGUUGAGGAAACAGUCUUGCCCUCAGUGUAAAGAAGACUUUGAUUCCCAGGAGUCUCUUCUGCAACAUCUCACCGUACAUUACAUGACAACUUCAACUCAUUAUGUAUGUGAGAGCUGCGACAAACAGUUUUCUUCGGUGGAUGAUUUGCAGAAGCAUUUGUUGGACAUGCAUACUUUUGUGUUGUAUCACUGCACCCUUUGCCAAGAAGUUUUUGAUUCCAAGGUAUCUAUCCAAGUGCAUCUGGCAGUCAAGCAUAGCAAUGAAAAGAAGAUGUAUCGCUGCACAGCCUGUAACUGGGAUUUCAGGAAAGAGGUGGAUCUCCAGAUCCAUGUGAAGCAUAGUCACCUGGGGAAUCCGUCGAAGUCUCACAAAUGUAUCUUCUGUGGUGAGACCUUUAGCACAGAAGUAGAACUGCAGUGCCACAUCACAACUCACAGCAAAAAAUACAACUGCAAGUUCUGUAGCAAAGCUUUCCAUGCCAUCAUCUUGCUUGAAAAGCACUUGCGGGAAAAACACUGUGUUUUUGAUGCUAGCGCUGAAAAUGGUACAGCUAAUGGCAUGACCCCAACAAAUAAGAAGACAGAAGGGGCAGAUAUCCAGAACAUGUUAAUGAAGAAUCCAGAUACUUCCAACAGUCAUGAAGCCAGCGAGGAUGAUGUAGAUGCUUCUGAGCCCAUGUAUGGCUGUGACAUUUGUGGGGCUGCCUACACUAUGGAGGUCCUCUUGCAGAACCAUCGUUUGAGAGAUCAUAACAUCAGGCCUGGGGAGGAUGACUGUUCUAGGAAGAAAGCAGAAUUCAUCAAAGGUAGCCACAAGUGUAAUAUCUGCUCAAGGACCUUUUUCUCAGAAAAUGGCCUCAGAGAGCACAUGCAGACCCAUCGAGGUCCAGCUAAGCACUACAUGUGCCCCAUCUGUGGGGAACGUUUCCCAUCACUCCUGACCCUCACAGAGCAUAAAGUCACUCACAGCAAGAGUUUGGAUACAGGGACAUGUCGGAUCUGCAAAAUGCCACUGCAGAGCGAGGAGGAAUUUAUCGAGCACUGCCAGAUGCAUCCAGAUCUCAGAAACUCCCUCACUGGGUUUCGUUGUGUUGUCUGCAUGCAGACGGUCACCUCUACCCUUGAGCUGAAAAUUCAUGGAACGUUUCAUAUGCAGAAAUUGGCAGGAAACUCUGCAACCUCGUCGCCCAACGGCCAGGCCUUGCAAAAACUCUACAAGUGUGCAUUGUGCUUGAAGGAGUUCCGGAAUAAGCAGGACUUGGUAAAGUUGGAUGUGAACGGCCUUCCCUAUGGCCUUUGUGCUGGAUGCAUGACCAGGAGCACCAAUGGACAGUCUUCAGGCUUGACUCCACAGGAGGUGAACGAGAGACCAUGUGGCAGUCUGAGGUGUCCAGAGUGUAGUGUCAAAUUUGAAAGUGCUGAAGACCUAGAGAGCCACAUUCAGGUAGACCACCGAGACCUGACGCCUGAAACUAGUGGUCAAAGGAAAGGUACCCAGACGUCUCCUGUUCCCAGGAAAAAGACCUAUCAAUGCAUCAAGUGCCAGAUGACCUUUGAGAAUGAGAGAGAGAUACAAAUCCAUGUCGCUAACCAUAUGAUUGAGGAAGGCAUCAAUCAUGAGUGCAAGCUGUGUAACCAGAUGUUUGACUCUCCGGCAAAGCUCCUGUGUCACCUGAUUGAGCACAGCUUUGAGGGGAUGGGAGGCACAUUCAAAUGCCCUGUUUGUUUCACAGUUUUUGUACAGGCAAACAAACUGCAGCAGCACAUCUUUGCAGUACAUGGGCAGGAGGAUAAAAUUUAUGACUGUUCCCAGUGUCCACAGAAGUUCUUCUUUCAAACAGAGCUUCAGAACCACACAUUGAGCCAGCACGCACAGUGAGCCACUGGCACUACAGGACACCUCUCUGCAGAAGACUUGACGGUGGCACAGUGGGGAGGACCAUUUGAACAUUACAUCCAAUCAAAGUGUCAUUUGCAACCCAGAUGUAAAACUCUAAUGAUUUGGCCAUGAGGCGCUGCUAUUAUAAGCAGCUGGAAAUGAAUAUUAAUGGAAGAGAUUAAAAGUAUUCCAUGCUCAGUAUUUUUUAUUGUCCUGCUUCAGCUAGUAUACUUUAGAGCUUCUGCUUCUGACUGAAUUUAUAGUGUUAGAUAAAUCUGCUUUGAUGCUGUCGCCCUUUGUUGCUUCUUGUAUUAUAUUGAUAGUUAAAGAUUAGGUGUGAUUUUUUUUUCUUUUUUGUUAACUGCUUUUUAAUUGCAAUUUUAGGUAACUGUGCAUUGUGAUGUGAUUGCUUGGCUAUUGUCUGAAUAUUUCUUUUUAAUUUUUUAAUUAAAGACUAAUGCUUUGAUUGGAUUUGCCAGUUCACCGGACAGUGAUUAAAACUAUGUAAUGAAUAUAAUCGGUUUCAGUGCAACUGGAUGGUCUGCUUUAUAAAUGUGACUUAAUCUGAUUGCAAUAACUAGUACAGUUCAAUAAAGGGAAUACAUGA